AUGAGCUUCUGGCACAAGGACGGGACGACGCGCCCGAUGAGCGGGAGGCGGGGCGCGGGACAGAUGGCCGGGGGCUCCGUCAACGUGUUUGCAUGGGGCGAACCGACCCAAAGCACCGAAGCCAGGUCCGCGUACGGCGCCCCGGGCGACGGCGGCCGGCUGCCCUCUGCCGGCCACACCUCCGCACAGAGGGAGUCGCGCUUCGGCAUGAACUUCGGGUCCCGGCGGCCGAUCACCGCCCAGGGCGUGCGCCAGCGCGACGGUUCCAAUGCUGUCUUCGGUGAUCACGCUCCGCCGCCGGGCCGCCCGCUCAGCGCCGUCAAGGCCUGGGAUCUCCGCGGGCACAGCAUCAUCGCCCACGAGGACGUCCUGGACAACCACGUGACCUCGUCGCUCCAGCAGCAGACGGACGGCAACGUGCGCGGCAGCUCGGAGGUGCCAGGGCGCGACAUCUGGUCGCCCUCCGCGUACCCCAAGGCCAACAAGCCCAGCAGCGACGCCAAGAAGAAAGACUUCCACGGGUCCAAGGUGUUUGGGGGUUACGCCGACCGGCCCGAGGACUACCACGACAAGGCGCGCCGGACCCGGUGGAACCAGUUCAAGGGCCGCGACUACGCCGGCCACGGCCAGCUGUGGGAGCAGAACGAGGGCGGUCGCGACGAGACGGGCGUGGCGUCGCGUUCGGUCAAGUUGAGCGACAAGAAGAUGACCGAGCUGAAGGGCACGGAGGCGCACGAGACGCGCGGGUACACCGAGCGCGACGCAGCGCAGCCCGACAUGCUCGACGUGGCGUACCGCGUCGCUUCGACGGCGCCGGUCAAGCCCGAUGCGGUGCGCGAGCUUGAGGAGCGGCAGGCCAGGGGUUUCCCGAUCAAGCACAACCCCCUGCGGACCCCUCCGGGCGGACGCUCCACCUUCGUGUUCGGUUGA